UCAUACUCUCUCAUAUCAGAGUUUCUUAUUAUAUAAACCCCGUCAUAACGAGGCGGAAGGUUCGGCCAGCGACGUUCGUCUUCUCCGACUCGCCAUUCCCUGCUUUAGACAGACUCCGAUAGGGGAACCAAUUUGGACAUGAGUAGUCCUGUCCCAUCCUCAGAGCUGUCAACUUUUUCCAUCUCCGGCAAGCAGCUCGCGGACGCUGGCACACAGACUGACGGCGAAUUCGCCGUUUGCGACGCAACAGCCACACCAACACUAAAUAUCACUUUACCGACUACGUCACAACUGUCUAUCGUCCGCAUCGAGGAAAGCAACCCACAGGGCAAAACGGAAAACAACCGCCGAAUGUCUACCAUCAUAGUGUCGUCAAAGCCUGGCGGCGCUACUCUGGAAGGUGGUUCUGGCGACGACAGGUCGAUCGUCUCUAUCAACGUGCCAAAGCGGUUUUCUGUAAGUUCUGUGUCAUCUAUGAAAUUUGCGGAAGACGCCGGUCGGCGUGACCACCGGGGCUCGAGAACGGGCAGUAUCUUUAUCACGCACGGGGACUCGGAGGAGAUUUUGGCGAUAGACGUUGUACCGACGGCGGGAGCACCUGAUGUCAAGGAUAUGUCUACGGCUGCGAAAGACGCGCACGAAUUCAAAUACCCUGACCAACGUUCGGAGGAGAGCGUGCCUGCUCCUGCAUACGAAGAAGUCGUCGGAUCUCAUUCAAUAUCAGAGCCACCUGUUGCUCAAGAUACUCUGAACUCGGAACCCGCUGCUGUAAAUCCGAAGGUUCCGGAAGAAACCAAUGUUGAAUCCAGUGUCGUGGAAGUAAUCUCGGAAGGAAUACAAACUGCGAGUGAGAUUUCCCCUCAGGAUAUGACCUUGGACUCACCCAAAGCGAAUGAGGGUUCGCUCAAAACAAAUCUGUCAUCUUUGCCAAAACUUCCACCUCUCGGGACGAGGGACUUUAUCUCACAAGUUGAGAUUGCCAAGGGCAUCCAAAGGCAACUUGAGGACUGGCCUGUCCUAAAAGCUGGACUUUUGUUUCGGAAGCCGGUUCCUUCGUCGUCAUCUUCAAGGAGUCUUCACAGCUCAUCCACCUCGCUACAAUUACGUGCUCCGGAAAGAUCGUCCGCUCGCAGAAUCUUAGGGAGGUCGCUGGGCUCGUUGCUGAAAGGCAAGAGGAAAACCCGCGAAGUCCCGAACUUCAAAGCGACAUUCUUACCCGAGGAAGACGAAUGGAGUCUCUACUACGCCGAGGUCCGGGGACGGUAUCUGGUAUUCUAUGUUCUUCAGCCCAUGAUGGGUCAGCAGGAGAGGGGCGGUAGUGGCACGCUCGUCCGUCAGAGCUCAAGUUUAUCCGUUGGCACGAGGGACUCCAGCUCCUCGACUAGGCCGUUUAGCAAAUUUCUCAAAUCAUUCGCCAAAAAGUCCCAGGCGUCAUUGAGUUCCCGGAAAGUGUCGAGAGACAGUCUGGAGCGUGUAUCCUAUGAAUCCAGCCGUGCGUCAUAUGAUCAACAACGAAGCUAUCUUUCGCAUUUGACACCGGAGGACCUUAAGAAUGCACCGCGAACCUUGGUGCAUUACAUUCCCCUGCACACUGCCACAGUGGACGCCGUGCACUCCUCUAAACCUGGAUCGACGUCUGCCUAUGCCAGCACCAGCUCGCUCACGGGAGGAUCUAUACUCGUUCUAAGCACUCUCCCAGUCGAACAUCCAGAGGAGGAUACAAGAGAAUACCUCCUACUUGACGUCAUCCUGCAUGAGGAUCUACUUGAUGUCAACAACGAACUUACUGUAUCGACGGUCAAUUCCAACGUACGCGAUGCACAAUCUACAUUGCGUCAAGUGGAACUCUCACAUUGGAUGGGUGCCAUUCAAGAGGCAUCUGAUCUGUCUCCGCCAAUGGAUGAACCUACACCGGGCUCGGACAAGAACUCUAGCUCCAAAUCCCUGCCGGACCUAAUGCAGGAAAGGAAGAUGUCAAGGGAGAGUCUGUCGCCGGUUGCCCGGACGCCAACGGACCAGACCUCUAUUAGCGCCAAAAGCUUGCAUGUCAGCCCGUCUCACGGGGGUCUUGCGAGUAUUCAGGAAUCGCCUAGCGCCUCGCAGUAUGCAAAAGGCGUUUUUCGCAAACAUUCUAGGACACCUACGGAAGGAAGCCUGCCAUCGCUGCAUCAGCUGUACUCUGACAGCCUGUCAUUCCGUCAGACGGCGAGAAGUGAGGUGCUUAGCUCCUCUGCGUCAGUUUCAGAGCACCCGAUUUCCGGAUCAAGGGAGCUUCAACCACCCGCGCUACCGAAAUCCUUCGCAAAGCUCUUCAGCAACAAAUGGCGCAACACCUUCGAUAAGGAUGCACCUCGUGCACGACCCGUCAUCUCCGGUCCGACGAACUUCACAAAAGUCGAGGUCACACCGGCAACACUUCUGGGUCAGGCCGCCGCUACUGGUCCGUCCUCGCCAACGAGCCCGGUGUCAAACGUCCAGACGGCGGAAGGCUCAGACGCACCUCCGAGCGCUGAGGCGGUCGUGAAGGAAGAACAGAAGAGGUCUGGAUGGAGAGGGCUACACCGGAAACCUGUUGAGCGAGAAGAGAUCAGAGACCGUUCCGGAAAGAACAAGGAGAAGGAAGGCAAACGUGAACCUGGGAAACGGAAAGACAGCAAAGCGGGACUUUCGCCGCUGGUCAUCUCCAGUCCCAUACCUCAGCCUACGAACUCCACACUCCCCUUGCAACAGCGGGACAAUUCCCACCCGACAGACACCCUCCUCAGUCUCGCCCAGCUUCAGCAAUCCAACGCAGGAUUCUCCACCAAACCAACGCCUCAGCCGAGCGUAGCAACCUCGAAGCUCUUCUUUCCUUUCUUCCACAAGAAUCUCUUUGCAGGCAAAGAGAAGGAAAUACCGAUAGUGAUCUCACCUGCCGCCGAGCGUUUGCAGCGGUCGGGCACCGUGUCGUCGAGGGCGUCUACGAUGAGGCGACGGGUUGGAAGGGCCCGUCCGGAAUCGGCGGAAACUAUGUCGAGCGAUCGGGGGACGAUUGGGAGUGCGUUCCGCCGUGCUGAGGGGGAGGUCCCACUUACGUUGAGGAAGUGCAUUGAGUUGGUUGAGGAGAUUGGUAAGAGGCCUGUCAGCAUUUUCCUGAUACAACGGACAGCUUCAAGUCUAACUAUUCUUCCCGUGCGUAGGAUUGACGACGGAAGGCCUCUACAGAAUAUCUGGUAGCGCAGCCACCGUCGAGCGACUUCGACGGCUUCUCGCCCUCGACCCCAAACGGGUGCACCUGCAGAACCAGCAAGUGUCGGGAUCGCCAACCAUCACUUCU